AUGACGAUCAAUAUUACGACCAUGGACCCAGCAAUAUACAAUGACGAUUCUUACCGUUCUGAGCUGCUACGCAAAAUGCGCACAUGCGAAACGAUUGUAUAUCGAGCAAUUUUUGCACCAAAGAAUUUUACAGGUGGCCAGACAAUACUCGUGGCAGCAACGAGCUCGGGAUUACUUCAUAUUUACCAACUUGACCGUAUAAUGAAGCCUACAUACUGGGAUCGAGUCGGACGUGGCGAGGUUACCGCAUUCCCAGGGCCAAAUCUGUCGUUUCAGGCACAUCCGACGCAGAUUUAUUCACUUCUUUUUGUUGGUGAUGUCACGAAUCCGUUGUUAAUAAGUGGAGGUGACCAGGACUUUCGAGUGUGGAAAUGGAAGGAUAUUCUGGCAGCAAUGGAAAAUCCCUUAUUUGCUGAAAGGCUGAAACCUGUUCAUAUUGAUCAGUUAAAGCGCAAGACUUUGGGAUUCCGAAAAGCGCUUUUGCCAGCUUUUGAAAUUAAUGAAAUUGCAGUGAGUAAAAUGACAGGACACUUGUUCUUGGCAGGAGGGGACAGCUUGGCACACGAGUGGGAUAUAACGACGCAGCAGUUUUCACGACAAUUUCAAGGCUCAGAGGAUGGUACACUCGGUAUUUGGGACGUGCGUCAGGAUAGAAAGGUGGAGUUCUUACAGGCUCAGCCUGCAACACCGACAGACGAAUCGUUAUUGCCGUCUCUAUGGCAAACGUGCUCAUGGUCGUCAACUGCAUGA